CGUCGAUCUACGGAACAGCCAACUGCUGAGUGCUAGAUGACUUCGAGUUCGACUCAGAGUGCGUGUUUUCGCUGGCCGUUCUUCGUGAACGACUCGAGACGAGAGUUACGGAGACCACCUUGCUGAACUCUGACUGCCUGAGCAAGCAAGCGGAGAGCAAGUCCGGACCUAGAACUGGUGGAAGGCGUGCGUGUGCCGCUUCAGUGAGGAUUAUCAAUGACGUCAUUUCGAGCAUCGGCCGUCGUGGGCCUGCUGAUGCACCUUUGCGCCUUGCAAUGCCACCACUGUAACGUGGCCAAGCCACAACAUGAUGAUACGUGGACACGACACGGCACACACAGCAGCCGCACAACUGCAGCAACACCAGCUCCCAGCUGGAGCAUCUUGGACCAGGUGAAUGUUACCACAAUAUUGGAGACUGCCACCUCGCCUAUGUCCUCCAAUACGGGUAUAGUCGUUGCUGCAGUCGUGUCACAAGCAAUGCCGUCCGCUGGUGGUAAUGGCGGUGGCGAGCGACAAGAUGCGGCCGUGACGUUUGCACAGCGUCUCGUGAUCCUGCCGACGGGUCAGUCCGGGGAGACGGCGGCGAGCUUUGCGAACGUGACGAGUUUCUGUGACACACACGGCGACUGCAGCACGGUCGCCUGGUGUCUGUAUCCUGCCAAUGGCGACGGCGGUGAGGGGGCAAAGGGGGAGCGCCUUCGCAUCACCUUCCUGUCGGCCGGUGGUGGCAAGGUGACGCGCGUGUGGUUCUCCGAGCUAGAGGUAACCACCGCCGCUAGCGCAUCAUCAUCCACACCGAUGCCGGUGUGGGCGAACAGUGGAUCAGUGUCGGAUACGUAUGACAUCAUGUACUACGCGGCUACCGGCGACUGCGCCACGUACGCGUUCACGUACGGCCGCACGCGUCCCACGAGCCCGGUCGCGAGGGAGGUGCGCGAGGACGUGCUCAUCGACGUCAUCGGCAACGCGCCGACCGUCGUCCAGAACGUCCUGUGCACCGUUGCCGUGCCGAUGACGCCUGGCGUCACCGUGGCAACACCGGACUGCCUGACGACCAACGACAGUGUCGGCAUGGCGGCCUGGCUGAUCUCCUGCUGGUCGCAUCCCAGUCAGUUUGCCUUUCAGCCGCUGUCGGCGUCGUCGGCAGCGGGGAGCAAACGCACACUAGCGUUCACGCACACCAAGAACACGCGCGCCAACGACUGGGCUGACCUGGAUGAGCCCAUGGGCUGGUCACUGCUGGAUGUGGGGACAAGGAAAGUAACGCGCGGUGGUUUCUCCAUCGAUGACGGCCGCCUUCGCUUUCAGCCCACCUGGUCGCAUUCCGGUGAGCGACUUGCGUUUGUCACGUUGGCCGAGCCUUCCACUGCCUGGCUGUGGUCCCAAGUUUGGAACAUCUGCUUUGCCUCGGCGGAUCUGCCGACGAUGGCUUACUGCGAUACGGUGGGUUCGCCGGACCAGGAGCCGAACCUGAUCGGGUUUGUCCUCGACGACGAAUACAUCUUGUACACAGAGCAGCAUAGCACAGCCGUCACACUCAACAUGUGGUCGGUGGAUGCCAAGACGCACAAGGAGCUGCGCGUCCAGCAUGCCACCGAAGCCGACCCGCUCGGGGUGCUCCGUGUGAUCAGCGCCGUCAGCUUGCCGUCGGGGUCUCCGCAAUCCGCAUCGUACAUCACACUGGUCGGCGAGGCACUCGACUCCCCGCCGGAGGUGUACUUCGGCGAGUUGGACGCCAAGACCGCGGUCGUCACCGUACGGCCAUUGAGCAACUUCAACGCCGCCGCCCGUGCAAAGCCGCUGAACGUGCACACCGACGUGAUCGCCUGGCCGUCAGGCAAUCUCAGCGUCGAGGCACUCCUCGUCUCGCCUGCCAGCGGCGCGGAGGGGAAACCCCUGGUGGCGUUCGCCCACCCGGGCCCGAAUAUGGCGCACGCCGAGACGUACCUGGGUUGGGGCGGCGUGGGUGCCCGGUAUCCCGUAGCAACGCUGGCCGAAAUGGGCUACUCGGUCUUGCUGCCGAAUAUUCGCGGCUCGGCCGGCUACGGUGCGAAGUUCCGCACUUCCAUCUACCGCGACUGGGGAGGAGAGGACCUGGAUGAUCUUCUAUCGGGUCUAGUUGAAGUGCAUAAGCUUUUCAACACGAGCACGUCCAGCGUUCACGUGUUUGGCUGGAGCUACGGCGGAUUCCUGUCGGCCAUGGCUCUCACGCACGCCAGCGAGCGCUUCCCCGGCCUGCGCCUGGCCUCGGUCUGCAUCGGCGGCGGUAUCGUGGACCUGAUCAGCCACACGGGCACCGCCGACAUCGGCAAGAUACUGAGUAACACCUACGGAGGCUACUACUGGGACACGCCGGCAACCGUUGCCGAUAGCAACAGUGCUGCUUCGUCCUCGGCGUCUCUAAUGCACUUGUACCAGCGGAGCUCUGCCAUGUUUAGCAUCGUGAAUGCCACCGCUCCUACACUCCUCCACCAUGGAGCGCAUGAUCCACGCGUGCCGAUUCUACAGGCAUUCCAGCUACACUACGCGCUGCAGGCCAGAGGCGUGGAGACGCGCAUGCUGGUCUAUCCGGGUAGCGGUCACAUUCCCGGCGACGCCGAGCAGCUUCUGAGCAUCUGGAACAGCACGAUUGAGUGGAUUGUGAGGCACGACACCUCCGACACGUAAUUGAUCCUUGCCAGGCUGCGUGCCUGCUUGUGUGAAGUCGACCAGGUGAAACUCGACACUUGUAACUACAUACAACCAGCCACAUGAGAACAAUCAUGUUGAUUUGUGGGAUUUUUGGUCAUGCCCUUCAAUUCUACAUGUACAUGUAUGUUUCUCGUCAUAUGGAUAUAAUCCUGUGCAAAAAAUGGAUAUAAUCCUGUGCAAAAAUUGAUAUAAUCCUGUGCAAAAAUGGAUAUAAUCCGGUGCAAAAAUGGAUAUAAUCCUGUGCAAAAAUGGAUAUAAUCCUGUGCAAAAAAUGGAUAUAAUCCUGUGCAAAAAUGGAUAUAAUCCGGUGCAAAAAUGGAUAUAAUCCGGUGCAAAAAAUGGAUAUAAUCCGGUACAAAAAUGGAUAUAAUCCGGUGCAAAAAUGGAUAUAAUCCUGUGCAAAAAACAGUGGAAUCAAGAUGGAUCAAAACAUAGAAAUUUCUUAUAAUACAGACAUGGACCGGCAUACAUGAUUUCAAUGAUGACUUUCUAAAAUAUUAUCACCUAGUCACUAGACCUUGCAAGGUAAUGCUCGAAAAUAGGCAGAUUCUUCUCGAAAAGCAGUUGAAAAAACCCCAGAACAAUGCAAAGCUUCUGGCGGGCAAUUCCUCUAAUUCUGCUUUUCUCCCUAAUCCCCAAUACUAGCAUAACAAACCUGCACGAAGCAUACUAGGAAAACCAAAAUUUUAUUCCGCUGGUUUUCGGACGCCUUCAUCCGCCAAGAGGUACUUUGCAGGACCAGGGUGGUUUAGUGCAGCUCGAAAGAGUGCCACGUGAGCCCAAGGUGCAGAGUGGCGUCUCUGUCAAAUCCUACAAUACAGUUGAACAUCGAUUAUCCGACCAACUCUGCCUCUGGGCAGCGGGCUCCGGGGAGGUGUUCGGGUAAUGAAAAUGUUCCAGAUAAGGAAAAUCUCACCACAGGCCGAUACCUGUGUUCAGUAUUAUCACAGACUUCACAGUACCCGCAACAACAGUCGUUUUCACGUUAGUUUUGGAAGUUUUGGAAGUUGUUGACUGUCCAGCCUGUGCACAGUGGCACAUGCAACAAGUGCGCACUGCUGCAAGUUCUGCUAAGUAGAGGAUAUAACCCGAGUCAGAGGGUUAUACCGGCUGAAUAUAAAUCCCGACUGCGAUAGCAGGAGGGAUUUAUAUGAGGGUACGGUAUAACCCGACUACGAGGGUCAUAUCCUACUUAUGCCAGGUACCCCUACGCAUUUCCAGAACAACGAACCUAUUUGGAGAUCUCGUACAUCAUGCGGUACAUGAACAUCUUCUGAUGGUUAUCAGUUGUCAGUUGAUAGAAUGGUCGAGCAAGGUCAGAAGGAGAUUCCUCCGUGGAUGUUUGGCAUAAGAUUUCCUUUCAGUUCCAGUGCAUAUUGUAGCAUCUUCAUGAUCUUGUCUUGAGUCGUGAGCGGUGCGGAAGGCGACUGAAUUGCUGCGGUGCUGGAGUUUGUCGUUGAAUCAAACUACCGUCACUAGUUAGAUUACAGCUUGGACUCUUUGGGAGUAAGUGUUACUAUAAUUAUGGUACAGUGCUGAUUUUCACAUGCGGCAUCUCAUAAUCAGUUUUGCUUGCAAGUAGAUGCAUUUGCAUACACUGUUUUGUAUCACAUUUCAAUCCAAUCUAUUGUAGCCUUUUCCAAUCGGGUUGAAGUACAUGUACACUGGUAUUAUAAACUUAUUUACGAAGGAGACAGUCUGUUGAUGAUCUUCAACUCUUCGAAGUACAAUGUACAUUGCUGACCCAUUCGGGAUACUUCGUGGUUAUUCGACGUUCUUUAUCCUCAGAUUCAGUAUAAUAGAAUACUCUGUAGACGAAUUCCAGGUCA